AUGGACGGUGUUGGAUUACGAACUUAUGCAAAAGGUAGUUGCUACCAUGGUCAAUGGAGAAAUGGACUCCGUCAUGGUAGAGGCACCAUGGUUUGGACAUAUGGAAACGUUUAUCGUGGAGAAUGGAAAUGUGGUUCGAUGCACGGUUAUGGGGAAUAUGUAUGGAACGGCUUUUUCAAUAAAACUUUAACUUGGCCACGAGAAGCUUCGUACGUUGGUCAUUGGCGUAAUGGAAUGCGCCAUGGCGAAGGAGAAUUGAAGUUAAAUGCAGUUGGAGGAGCCAAAUAUUCAGGGUUUUGGAUGGAUAAUAAGAAGCAUGGUUAUGGAAUUAUUAUUGGAAGCAAUGGGGAAAAAUUCGAAUCUAACCCAUUAUUUUUGAACGACGUUUUAUGCUCAGGUAAUAUCGAGAAUAUUAAUUUAAACAACGAUUCAGAGGACAAAACUGAAGUAAAAUGCAUACGUGUGAUCAAAGAAAUAAAACCGGAGUUUGUUGAAAAACCAAACGAGUUAAACCAAGCUCCAGAACUUCCCGUUUUGAAACCAGAACAAUAUCCAUCGUUAUUUUAUCACAUAACUCGUUUGUUAAAUCCAGAAAGCCUAGAAGAACGUCCAUUACCCGAACCUUUACCUGACAAAUGUUACACCUGCGAAAAUGAAUCUUGUACUUGUUUAGCAGCGAAUUCGGAAGAUACAAAGAAAGAAGACGAAAAUGGAAAAGAAGGGACAGAUACGUCGAAAACAGAAACAGGCAAAUCUGACCCUUCUAUAAAUAAUGAAAUGGAAUCAAAUUACAAAUACGAAGAACAGUGGACGUAUAAUUGUUUAACAUUGCAUAUGACACGUUUACGUGAAAUUUAUAAUCAAUACGCUCGACUGUUUACAAAAUCAGCUCCAAAGUGCAAUCUUGCAUUAAGUAGAAUUUGUUUAUGGCAAUUGUGGCGGGAUUGUGGUAUUCACAAAAAAGGAUUGAGUCUUAUAGAUAUUGAUAAUUACAUGGCGAAAAAUAAAAGCACUGUCGUGAAAGAUCCAUAUCACCCAUUUGAAAAAAUUGAAAUUUGGCAGUUUAUACACGCAUUGUUAGAAGUCUCGUGGCAAUUGUAUACUAAAUUCGACGACGUAGAAACAGAAGAAAUUAAUGGAAAGCUUGCUGGCGGUUUACUUAAGUUAUUAAAAAAUGAUAUAUAUCCGCAUGCUGGGAAUCACGUUGGAAACGUACAUCAAAAGUAUAAAGAUUUGUUGCCUAUAGAUGCCGUUUUUCAAUUGUAUAAACAAAUUGGAUAUCCGUUCUCUGCGAAGGAUCUUCUACGAACUUUGUGUGCUUUAAAUGAUUUGCAAGCUGUAACUACAGAAGCGAUUAAAAAUUUGCCAAAUGGCGCUAAUUGUGUGACGAUAUGUGAGAAGGUCAAUUAUUUAUUAAAACUUGAUGACAUUUUGAUGCAACCACGCUGUACAGUCGAAACCUCAGAGGACAAUGAAAGCGAUUCUGCGUAUGGAUUGUUGGUGUUUAAAGAAUUGGGAACUUUGAAAUUGUUAGAAAUUAUGGUGUUAAUAUGUCCUGCGAUCAAAGAUGUCGAAACUGAUGCAAUUGUUAACAUGGAAUACGAGUUUACAUUUCUCGAGUUCUACGAAAUAAUCAUGGAGACCACGAAACAAUUGCUUUCCAUGAGAAAAAAUUUGCAAAAGAAGGAAAUCGAGGAAGAAGACACAUUAUCGCAAAAUAAUGAUUCGCAAAAGAAGGAAUCUUUCGCGAAAAACCGGCGCUCUUUACUUAGGAAGAGUUCCAGAGUUAAAAACAAAACAUAAUCUUUCGUCGUUUAACUUAAAAAUAAAUUAUAUUUUUAUAUCUAUGGCACAGAUUUGAAAAUGUGCAAUUUAGAAUAACUUUUCGUCGAUUAAAAUCGCAUUGGCAUAUAUGUUUCAACAAGAAAUAACAAACAAAAUAAAUUAAAAAUAAUUGAAACAAUUUGCCAGAAGAAAAAUAAAACAAAAAAUGAUUUCUAUUUAUUUUUUAAUGUAGGAUCUCCGCCUUUUAGGUUAUGCCACCUACUUUGAAACACCCUAUAUAACGAUACAACAGAACAGAAUCAAAAUGUUAAUAAUUAAAAAAUUAGAGGACGACAGAAUGCAACUGG